GUCUGAGGCGGCGGCGAUGAGGCGCGUGAAGGUGGUCUUGGGGCACCUGCAGGGCGGCGGCGGGGGGCGUCCCCGGCCCCAGGCGGCCCCGUGCCUGGCCCUCUCCUCCGCCCAAGCGCGCUCGGCUGCCGCCCCGGACGAUGUGGUGGUGGUCCACGGGCGGAGGACCCCCAUCGGGAAGGCCAAGCGGGGGGGCCUCAAGGAUACUACACCUGAUGAACUUCUGGCUGCUGUCAUGACGGCCGUCCUGAAAGAUCUCCAGCUGAAGGCUGAGGAGCUGGGGGAUAUCUGUGUGGGGAACGUCCUUCAACCUGGCGCUGGCGCACUAACAGCAAGAGUUGGACAGUUUCUAAGUGGCAUUCCAGAGACCGUUCCAUUGUCUUGCGUUAACAGGCAGUGUUCAUCUGGAUUGCAAGCAGUGAUCAAUAUAGCUGGAGGCAUCCGAAAUGGGUCUUAUGACAUUGGCUUGGCUUGUGGAGUAGAAAGCAUGUCUCUGCGCAGCGUGGGUAAUCCUGGGGACGUCAGCUCCCGUAUGAUGGAGAAUAGCAAUGCCCGAGAUUGCUUGAUCCCAAUGGGAAUAACUUCCGAGAACGUGGCGGAAAGAUUCGGCGUCACUCGGCAAAAGCAAGAUGCCUUUGCAUUGGCUUCCCAGCAAAAAGCAGCCCGAGCCCAGCAGAUGGGGUGGUUUAGAAACGAGAUUGUUCCUGUAACGACCACUGUCACGAACGACCAGGGCAAGCAGGAGACGAUCACAGUGCUCCAGGACGAGGGCGUCCGGCCAAGCACCACCUUGGAAGGCCUGACCAAGCUGAAGCCGGCCUUCAAGGAGGAUGGCACCACCACUGCCGGUAAUUCCAGCCAGGUGAGCGAUGGUGCUGCUGCUGUUCUCCUGGCCAGACGCUCCAGAGCAUCCCAGCUGGGCCUUCCCGUUUUGGGCGUGCUGAGGUCUUACGCCGUAGUUGGAGUUCCACCCGAUGUCAUGGGCAUAGGGCCAGCCUAUGCCAUCCCGGUUGCACUGGAAAAGGCUGGUUUGACUGUGAAAGAUGUUGAUAUCUUUGAAAUCAACGAAGCCUUUGCUAGUCAGGCCGUGUACUGCGUGGAGAAGUUGGGCAUCCCUCUGGAGAAGGUCAAUCCUCUUGGUGGCGCCAUCGCCUUGGGGCACCCCCUGGGCUGCACCGGAGCGCGGCAGGUUGUCACUCUGCUGAACGAGCUGAAGCGGAGGGGGAAGAGAGCCUACGGGGUGGUCUCCAUGUGCAUUGGGACAGGCAUGGGAGCUGCUGCGGUGUUUGAGUACCCAGGCAACUGACAGGCAGCGGCCUGACUCCUGGAAUGGUCCCGGUGCCCUGGCUUCACGAAUCCAUCCAAUGAAAAGAUGCUAACCAACACAGCCUGUGGGCGGAGUACGUCCCACAGCACCCCUCUUGCACACUGUCUUUCUACUUUUGGUGAUUCACGGCCCUGCCUGGCAGAGGCCCCGCCUCCCUCUAACUAUGGGGAGAAAUCAGCUAGUCCUUUGUUUCCCCCUGAAGAAUCUCGGCCUGCGGACCAGAAUGUGUGGGGCGCCCCAUUUAAGAUUGGUGAUGGGCAUAAUGCGUUGGGGGCAGGUAUUUUAAGCGCUGGGCUGCGAUCUGGGGAACCCAGGUUCGAAUCCCCACCUGUGCCGUGAAAGCUCGCAAGGGUGACCUUGGGCCAAUCACGUGCGCUCAGCCUACCCUACCUUACAGGGUUGUGAGAGAAGAAUGAUGUAAGCUGCUUUGGAUCCCUGUUGGGGAGAAAGGUGGGAUAAAAACAAAGCCAAUGAAUGGGAACUUGUAUCCAAGGGAUAUGGGAGUGCUGUUCUGGUUUCACAGUCUGAUCUGCGCAAGGAGAUCCCUUCCCCCUCAGGCCCUUUUGCAGAGAAAUCCCUUUCCUGAGCGACUUUAUGAAAUCUCAGGUACAGAAAACCGUAAAACUGCUGAGGAGGAGGGUUGAGGGUUUGCUUUGCUUUGGGAAGCGGCAUGCAAAGCAGCUUCUGGGUUGGAGAAAGCAGGUCAACGAAUCAGAGUUGGAGAGGAGAUCCUCUUGCAGAUGCAGCCUGGGUUUGGUGCAUCGAACACAUCCCAGGAUGGAUGUGAGUCCCGACUCUGGACCAAUGUAAAGACUUUUCUCAUCUGCUAACUUUGUACCUUUGGACUAAUUAAUUAAAUUUCAAUCAGUGCAA